GCCCGGCGCCCGCAAGGCGCUGCUUAGCUGGGCCCGCGGCGCCACGCAGAUGUACGGCAUCGAGAUCCAGGACUUCGGACCGUCGUGGCGCGAUGGCCGCGCGUUCGUCGCCGUGGUGCACUGCAUCGAGCCGACGGCCGUGGACGUCGGCGCCGCCGAGCGCAUGACCUCACUGAACCGGCUCGGCGCCGCCUUCAAGGCGGCCGAUGAGCAGCUGGGCAUCGCCCCACUUCUGGACCCCGAGGACGUGGACGUGCCGGAGCCGGACGAGAAGUCGGUGAUGACGUACGUGGCCCAGUUCGUGCACAAGUACCCCAAACCCAAGACACUUCAGCCGUCGGCGAGUGGCGAGCAGCGCACCCCCAAACAGGAGGUCAUGGAGAUCACUGUCUGGAUCAUCCGGACGAUACGCAUCGUCCGAAACAUUCGGUCGCCAGAGAAGGACAAUUUUGAGAGGUACCAUUCGACGCGCACCGAGGCUGCGGAGCGUCGGCUGCGGUACACCGAGCUACGCAAGACGGCUGACCUGAUGCCGGCCGACGGCUGGCAGCGGGCCGACGAGGACUGGACUACCCUCGAGACACUGCUGGACGAGUGGCAGGCGCAUCUGGACGGCCGGCUGCCGGCGCCGCUGCAGAGCGUGGCCAGCUGGGUGGGCCGCGCCGAGACGCUGCUGGACAGGGCGCAGGACCCGGCCGUCGGCAGCGCGCGUGCGCCCCAGAGCGUCACCGUCAUCCUGGAGGAGCACACGGUACUGGUCGGCUGCCCCACCUAGCGGCGCCGGCCGCCCCCCGCGCUCAGCACGCACGCU